AAACUUAAAUUGAUAAAUAAAUUAGCAAUAAUAUUAUUAUUUAUUAUUACUGAAUAAUAAGUGAUAAAAUAUUAUUAUUUAUCUUAUUACUUUUAUUGAAUAAAAAAUAUUAUAAUUUAUUUUAUAUUUUUAUCAAUUUAUUGAGAAAUAUAUUUUUUUUUUCAUCAAUUUUUUUUUUUUGUAAAUUAUAAAUUGAGUCAAAAAAAAGUUCAAGGUUUUCUGGACCUAGAUCAUCAUCAUCAUCAACAUCAUCAUCAACAAUUUUUCAAGUUAAACAACACUUGCUGCUUGUUGGAAUUAUAAAAAAUUACCAGAAUUUUUAUUUUUGCACUGUUUUGCACGUUAUCAUUGAUUUGAUAAAAUAGAAAAAAAUUUAUUCUAUUUUUAUGGCAUGUCAAGUAUUAUUUAUUAUCACAAAUAUUAGUAAUAAAAAUAAUCAUACAAUGAAGAAUAAAGCAGCUUAAUAAUUACUAUUAAAAUUAUCUAAAAAUAAUAAUUAACUUACAAGUUAAAGUACUUAUAAUCAUCAUUUGAUAAUUGAUAUAUAAUAUUUCUUUGGGCUGAUAGAAAUAAUAGAUAAAAUGGCAAACAUUGACGACUUGAGUCAUGAACUGGAAAAAAUUGGAAUAUCAAGUUGUUCUGAGACAGCAGACUCUUGGAGAAAAUGCAGUGAUUUAAUAAAUAAAACACAUGUACCUCAACAAUUAACAGGACAUGAUCGUCCAUGUGAAGAAAAAGAUUUUCAAAAUUACCAUACUACAUUGAUUAAUAAUUUACAACAAAUACAAAAUAUUAUUCAACAAGAAUCACAAAUGCCCAUUAAAAAAAUUGGGUUAGACUUGAUAUUAGUAAUUGGUGAACAGAGUGAAAAAAAUCCCUGGACAACUGAUGAAUCAUUAAAAAUAUCUCAGCUGCUUUUGUCUGAUAUUUAUAAAUUAUUUGGAGCUGAUAAUGUAUCACAAAUACUUUGUUAUGAUGACAAUAUGACAACAGUACUGACAAUGCUUAGACAAAAAUUACUGAAAGACAAUUGGAAAACUUAUCCAGCUGCUGUGACCUGUUACAAAUGGAUAUUAAAUCAAACAGAGAUUCCUCAAUUGUCGAAAUAUUUAUCAGACAUAUUACCAACAGCAUUGAUUAUUUUUGAUGAUUACAUACCAGAAAAUAGACUGAUUGGUCUUGAAUGUAUCUACCGAAUAAUUCAACACUCAACAAUGCAAAAAGAAUUUAUUGAAAAUGGCUAUGCAGAUGUUAUUUAUGAUGCAGUUGAAAGACUGGCUCAUCAUCGUGAUUCACGAUAUACAAUUCCUUUGUAUGCUUGUAUAACACAAAUUCUUGCUAAUAUUGAUCAACGUGAAUCUUCAACAAAUCAUUUUGAGUGGACAAGACGAGAUGAUGUUAUAUCAACAUUGUUGGACAAUAUGGAGCUUGAACAAGAUCUUGAAUUACGUCAUGCAUAUAUGCUUUGUUUGCCUCAAUUGUUGACUAAUUUAGGAUGUGCAAAAUGGUGUGAAAGAUUGACAAGAGUAUUAUCAGAAUAUUGCAGUCAUCAUACUGAUUUAAGAACUUUAAAAGCAACACUAUUGGCUGCUGAAACUGUACUUUCAACAUUUCAAUUAAGAAUACCAGCUCAUUGUACAACACUUUACAGUGCAUUUCUUAAGCUACAUUUUGAUUUAACAGAGACACCUAUUUUUGAUAAUGAUAUUAUUAAUAGUUUAGAAAGAUGCAUACAAACAUUGUACAAAUUAACACCAAAUAUUGGCUCAGUUAUUAUUCGUGAUGAUCGUAUGAAAAAUAUUAUUAAUAAUAGUGUACAAUUUUCUUGUACUGGUGAUAUCAAGUAUUGUAAUUGAGAUAAUAAUAUUUUAUUAAAAUUUUUUCGAGUAAUCAUUAUAGUGUAGAAUGGUAUCACGUGAUAUUAUUAAUAAUACUGAUUUAAAUUUAAAUGUAUUUUUUCAUAUAAAUAAUUGUGAAUGAUAUUUGCUAGUCUUUUAUGCGAUGAAUAAAUUAAUGCUAUUAUAAUAUCGCUUCACUUGUAAUAUUUUUAUUUAAUUUAUAAAUAACGUUAGUAGAAAAAAACGAUUAUUAAAAAUAAUUAAUUUUUGUAUGAUCUAUAAUGAAAUGAUAAUAAAAAAAAAAACAUUUAUAUCAAAGGUCAAAAAAGAAAAAA